CGUAAGCAUUCCUGGUUUCGGUCGUCUUCAUUGUCAGCAUUAGCAGCAGCAAGAACAGCUUUGGCACCAUGGCGAAAUUAGUACAAAUGGAACGUUCAGGAAUUCUCGCGUCGUGCCGUGUCAGGGGCUUCAGUCUCCUCUUCCUCGCGCUAGCCGUUAGCACGGUUCGCGCCGCUUCUCGCUCUUUCCGUCCCUUAUCCGCGAGAAACUACUUACGUUCUGCCACGUGGCAGUCGUCAGACUCCCCGCUCCAGUUACCCCCGUUUCCGUCGCACGCGAUUCGCCUAGGUGUGAUUCCAGAGAGGGAUUCAAACGGCGAAGUCACGUCCGUUAGAGUCACGAAAAGAAAGGCAGAUAGCCGUUGGAUCCAGAAGGCGAAAGGACGGGUGGACGGGUGGAUUCCAGAUUCGGAAUCUGGAGAAGGGCGUAUGGCACGCGGAAUAAAUGCGGAACAGGAAGGACAGGGGGAGGGGGAGCAAAGGGAAGGGGAGCAGGGGGGAGAAAAAGGAGGGGAAUUGGGGGAAGCUGGAGCGGAAUGCGCGUGGGGGUACUUUCAAGAGUCGAUGUUACAAGUCGGAUGGCAUUUCCUUGUCAUAGCGACUAACUCCUCGUGUUCCAGCAAAGACCAGGCGUUCGCAGCGGGAUACGCGGAGGGGCGGCUCACCUCGCUGCCCAUGCGGCAGCACUUCGUUAACGAAUUCGGGCGACUGAAACGAUCGCCGCGCCUGCUGCAGUACCUAGAAACGAAUCGCGCUUAUAUGGAGGAUAUGGUCGCGGCUGCCGAGGCUGCGGGGCCUGGUGAUGUGGCAGACGAGGAUAGGACGUACUGGUGGCAGGUGGGUCUGAUGCUGCAGCAGGUGAGCGGGCUGCGCAUGGGGUUCAACGAUGCAGUGAAACCGGAAGAGAGGAUGGAAGCCAUCGAUUUCGACAUAAUGAAUCUCCACGGGGACAUCCAGGAUCUACAGUACGUCCUCGAUAUAGUGCAUGGGGCAGAAACGGACCACAGCAGCGCCAAUGGGAGCAAGGGGAGGGGCGAGGGCGGAAACGACAGAGUCAUGUUGGUCUUCCCAGACGCAUGCUCUGCCAUUAUCAAGCUGCUGCCCAACAACACCGACCUCCUCACCGCUCAAGCCACAUGGACUCGCCUCGAGAACAUGCUCCGCAUCUACAAGAUUUACGAUUUCGCCUUCCAGCUCAAGCCACCUGUCUCUGCCACGUCAGCAGCCGACGUCAUCCCAGGCCGUGCCAUGUCAUUCGCCAGCUAUCCUGGCCGUCUGUUUUCCGGCGACGAUUUUUACAUCACCAGCGCCAGGUUGGCAGUGCAGGAGACCACCAUUGGCAACGACAACCUUGAGUUGUACCGGCGCUACGUGCACCCCAACGGCACGGUCCUGGAGUGGAUCCGCAACAUGGUGGCCAACCGGGUGGCGAGCAGCGGGCGACAAUGGGUGGACGUAUUCUCACGGCACAACAGCGGCACGUACAACAACCAGUGGAUGGUGGUGGACUACAAGGUCUUCCAGCCAGGCCACCCUCCUCCGGAUAACACCCUCUGGGUGCUCGAACAGCUGCCGGGCCACGUUGUAGGUGAAGACAUGAGUGCGCACCUGCGCACGGAGGGCUACUGGGCGUCGUACAACAUCCCUGCCUUUCCUGCCAUUUUCAACCUCAGCGGGUUUGCUGACCUUGAGCGGCGCCGGGGCUCGUGGUUCUCCCACUCCCACUCUCCCCGAGCAAAGCUGUUCCGAAGGGACCAAGGCAAGGUGGUGGACGUUGCUUCGCUCCAGCGUCUGAUGCGCUACAACGACUUCAAGCACGACCCGCUCUCUGCCUGCAACUGCACCCCACCCUACUCCGCAGAGAACGCCAUUGCAGCACGCGGGGAUUUGAACGAGGCAGAGGGGUUGUAUGACUUACCCUUCCUUGGCCUCAGGGACCACGCAGAGACUGACACAAAGAUUACCGGCUACCACAUGCUACAGCACAGCCUGGCAGCUCUUGCGAUCAGUGGGCCCACAUACGACCAGCAGCCACCCUUCCAGUGGAGCAAAUCACCCUUCGCCAACGUCUCCCAUCUGGGUCAUCCGGACCUCUUUCUCUUCCCAUGGCUCACCAUCCACUACGUCACGGAGGGCACGGGCCAAGGCCGACUGUCCGUGCAUGUCCCUCCCCAGCCACAACAGCCAGGCACAGCAAACAUGUAGCCUUUGAGACAACUCGACACGCACUUACGGCAGCGAGGGCACGAGCCAAGGCUGCUUGUAAGUGCAUCCCCUUGCCCAGCCACACCAGCCGGACACAGCAGACAUGUAAGGUACAAGGCUCUAGAAGGUAUCAUACGAGGGACAUGAGGACGCACUAGGGAUACAGUAGGGAGUUGCAGAGAUGCUGUGGGUAUGUGCUAGGGUUUGGUGAGGUGAGCAAGAGAGCCACCGGUAGCAGUUAUGCUUGCCUUGAGAAACGUUUGUAUUUGGUGCUGAGUGGUGGACAGUGAGGAGCCUUAUAAGAAAGAUAUACAAGCAGC